AGGACCCGCCGGACCGCUAGACCCGCGCCCCUCCGAUCUGAUCUAGUUCCGUGAACCGACCGUGUUAAUGUGCACAUAAAUCUGCGCCGUUUCUCCGGACCGACAACCUUUCUGCCAUAACCGUUUCCAUCACCAACACUUCCUCCAUGGGCUCGACAUACGGAGCCCAAUAACACGAGCUCCUUACCUGGACGAACCAACCGUAACUUUCUCGGAACGGCGAGACAGCCUUUCCAGUCCUCUGUUCCUUUUGAGUCGUCAUCUCUGCCGCCCAUCAUGACGGUUUUCAUUGCCUCUCUUUUCCUUCCCAAGACCAUUCACUUUACCCUUCCGGGCACUCCUCCGCGUGGGGCGGCCUCCGAGAAGAAGCAGCCCGGUAAGGCCGCAAAGCCGGCUCCUCUCGAGCGACAGCCCAGCCUGUUCCAGCCCCCUCAGGACAUUACGCCGCCCGUCACGCCGACCGACGAGAAGAAACCAGAGCAUGCCUUCACCAACGAAAAUGGAUUGCGGGUGCAUAUCCCGCCCGGCGAGCCCGGUGCCCUCCGCGCGCCGGCGGACCGGAGCUCUCCUACCUGGGGAGGCCGGGCCGACCAGCCCAUGUCGCGCGCCAACUCGCCGCCGCCGCCGCUUCUAAUCGAGCAGAGCGGGCUCCGGGCCAAGGCGAAGGAGCUUGGCCGCCGGGGCGUGACGCAGCCGCGCUCACUGGCCCGUAGUGACAGCCAUGACCGUGUUUUUGCCCACGCCGACUGGAAGGUGGUCAACGCCGACCAGGGCAACGGAGGCCUGCGCAACGCCGCCGAGGCCGCGGCCAGGGAGGGCAAGCUGGGGGAGUACCAGUGGGUGGGCACGCUCGGCAUGCCGACUGACGCACUCAAGGGCACCCAGCAGCUGCAGGACAUCCAGGACACGCUGGCCACGGAGCACGACAUGCUGUUGGUGAACUGCUCGGACAAGGACUUCGAUGGCCAUUACUCUCACUUCUGCAAGCAGAUCCUGUGGCCCGUUUUCCACUACCAGAUCCCGGACAACCCCAAGAGCAAGGCGUACGAGGACCACUCGUGGAAGUACUACGUCAACGUCAACCAGUCCUUCGCCGAUAAGAUCGUCCAGCACUGGCGGCGCGGCGACGUCAUCUGGAUCCACGACUACCACCUGCUGCUCGUGCCGGGCAUGGUGCGCAAGAAGAUCCCCGAUGCCAAGAUCGGCUUCUUCCUGCACGUGGCGUUCCCCUCGUCCGAGGUGUUCCGGUGCCUGGCGGUGCGAAAGCAGCUCCUGGAGGGCAUGCUGGGCGCCAACCUGAUUGGCUUCCAGAUCCACGAGUACACGCGGCACUUCCUCCAAACCUGCAGCCGCAUAUUGAGCGCUGAAGCAACGCCCGACGGGCUCCAGCUGGAGGAUCGCUUCGUGGACGUGGUCAACCUGCCGAUCGGCAUCGACCCGGUCAGCCUGAGCGCGCACCGUGAGGAGGCCGAGGUGAAGAAGUGGAUGGACAUUAUGCGUGACCGCUACGCCGGCAAGAAACUCAUCGUUGCGCGCGACAAGCUCGACCACGUGCGCGGCGUGCGGCAGAAGCUGCUGUCGUACGAGCUGUUCCUGAAUAAGAAUCCGGAGUGGCGCGACAACAUCGUGCUGAUCCAGGUGGCGCUGUCGACGAGCGAGAAGAGCGAACUGGACGCGACGGUGUCGGACAUAGUAACCCGCGUCAACUCGUCCUGGGCGAACCUCGCGUACCAGCCGGUCGUGUACCUGAAGCAGGACAUCGACUACGCGCAGUACCUGGCGCUGCUGAGCAUCGCCGACGCGCUGAUGAUCACCAGCCAGCGCGAGGGCAUGAACCUGACAUCUCACGAGUUCCUGUACUGCCAGGACGGCAAGAUCAGCGAGAAGAAGCACGGGUCGCUGAUCCUGUCCGAGUUCACGGGUACGUCGUCGCUCUUCGGCGGCAACGAGCUGUCGGUCAACCCGUGGGACUACCGCGCCUGCGCCGAAGCGAUCAAGAAGGCGCUCGAGAUGGGCGACGAGGAGAAGGAGCGCCGCUGGAGCCGGCUGUACGAGGCCGUAAACCACCACACCGGCUCGCACUGGUUUACGGAAUUCAUGUCGCGCCUGGACCGUGUGUACGAGGAGCAGCACCGGCGCGACACGCUGUCGGUCCCGCGUCUCUCGAUGCACACGCUCGUCAGCCAGUACACGAGCAGCGAGCGCAGGCUCUUCAUCCUCGACUUUGAGGGCACCCUGGUCAGCUGGGGCCCGGUCAACCAGAUCAUCCCGGUCAGCCCGCAGCGCACCAUCGACAUCCUGAAUGAUCUGCUCCUCGACGAGCGGAACACGGUGUAUGUCAUGUCCGGUCGACGCCCGGAGGAGCUCGAUCGUCUGUUCCGGCGCGUGCCCAACCUCGGCCUCAUCGCGGAGAAUGGGUGUUUCCUCAAGGACUGCGGCAGCCCGGACUGGACCGAGGUGGCCGACUCGGACCAGAUCCGCAGCUGGAAGGAGUCGGUGCGCAACAUCCUGACCUACUACCUGGAGCGCACGCCCGGCGCCGAGAUCGAGGACCGGCGCUGCUCGCUCAUCUUCCACUACAAGUCGGCCGAGGACUACGAGGCCGCGCUUCGCCAGGCGUCCGAUUGCGCUAGUCACAUCAACGACGCAUGCGAAGCGCAGCGCGUCCACGCCAUCCCCCUGGACGGCUGCGUCCUCGUCGAGCCCAUCGACUGGACCAAGACCACGGCGGCCCAGAAGAUCUUUGCCGACCUGCGCAGCUCGCUGGCGCCCGACGAGCACCACAAGUCGCCCGUCGACUUCCUCAUGGUCGUCGGCGACGGCCGCGAGGACGAGAAGGUCUUCAAGUGGGCCAACAUCCUCGGCGACGAGGGCACCGUCAAGCAGGUCGUGACCGUGAGCCUGGGUACUAGGAAUACCGAGGCCAAGACGACCAUGACUCAGGGGGUCAAUGGCGUCCUCUCGGCACUCCAGAAGCUGGCGUCCCUCGCGUAAGCAAGUUGGCCGGCCUUUGCCCCUCUCACGGCACAGCACAUGCCAACCUUUGGUGAUCUCGUGCAGGUCCGGCGUCCCGGCGCGUCACCGCCGGAAGAGUUCAGCGAGGAUCCCGAUUCCUCUGCCUCGCUAACCUUUUUCGCCUUCUUGAUUUGGAGGGGGCGUCUCCUUUUUUUUCCCUUCUCCUCUUUCCAUUUCUACUCGAUCUCUACUUUCCUUCGUUCCUCGAUACAUGCUGUUGCUGGACGGCCACUCCCCUCGUGCAAGAGGCACAUUCAGGGGGAUCUCAUUCCUUUUUUGCUUUUUCUCUUUUCGCGAUGGUGUUUCUGCCUGCUCCCCGCGUUCUUUUCUCCCUUCGGCUGGC